UGUCGCCUUCAUGAAUAUGCGACCAAUACUGUCACAUCAAAUCACUCCACAACUUGCUUCUUUCGUCUAAACAUUUGCUUCCGGUAGGCAAGUGAUGCCUAUCGAGCUAGACGCAAGGACUCGCUCUGUGGAAUACCAUGUACUAGUCAACAUGGUAAAUAUAAGCCUCCGGGAAUGACGUCAAUAUUGGAUCGUGUCGGGCGAUUAUGGCAGCCACAAUUCUAGACAUUCUUGGAGUCACAAUAUUGAUAACCGCCACCCUAGUAAAAACUUCUCCCUCUGACGGCGACUGUAUCGACGUUGCCAUCAUCGGCGGCGGUAUCGGGGGCGCCUACACGGGAUGGAGACUGAGGGACAGAGGUCUCUCCAUCUCCGUGUUCGAGUUCUCGGACCGAGUCGGGGGGAGACUCUUCACUGCCGAGCUUCCUGUCGCCCCGGGGACGUACCUUGAUUUUGGGGGGAUGAGGUUCUGCCCCACAGACCAUACUACAUUAAAUAGAACAGCCACUGAGAUUGGACUGGACAUCAUCCCCUUUGAACUAGGAUACGGCAAUAAAAACGAGACUGUAUGGUACACUCGUGGCAUGCGCUUGCGCAAUAUUGACCUCGAAACAGGAAAGGUACCCUAUAACCUUGACGAAGAUGAGCGAAAGGCCCCAGACAUAUUGGUUAGGGAACUAUUAAAGAACAGCGUCAACCUCAGCAACAGCAGCAGCAGCAGCCUGGAUGAACUGUACUCUUUGACGACAACGGAUGGAACUCCUCUGUACAAGAUGACGUAUGUUCUGACCUGUUAACUCCCCAGUCUUUCU